AUGUCAUCUCUGUUGGUAGACGAUUCCCCGUUAAAAAAGCGUUCACGGGCAUCUGAUGAGGAGAUGACUGAUACUUGCACUUCCAGCUCUGCAGAAGUUCUCUCGGACGGUAGAGGAGUUAUAGAACCACGUGAGGUAGUUGAAAGACGACGUUACGAGUAUUUGGAUCACCCGGCUGACAUUCAACUGCACUCAUGGGGAUCAAAUCUACAAGAAGCUUUAUCGGCUUUGAUGAUGGCUAUGUAUGGUUAUAUGACGGAUCUUAGCAAGGUUGAUGAGGUGUACCCAUAUUUCAUUACGGGGCGAGGCCAUGAUUUGCACACAGCCAUCUUUUCGUUCAUGGAAGAAGCAUUGUGUGUCUUCCAAUCGGAACCAUUCUUUGUGGCAAAACGAUUCGAGAUUUUGUCGAUUGACAUGAAUUCUUUUGUUAUCGAAGGUGUCGGAUAUGGUGAGUCAUUCGAUCUCGAAACAAAGCACACCCAAGAAGGGGAUAUCAAGGCGAUCACCUAUAGCAACAUGCAAGUGAUAGAGGAAAAGGACAAAACGGAUCUUUUUGUGAUUGUUGAUAUU